CUGUUGGAUACGCCGUUACAUUCGGAAUACCUUCAAACUCAAACCCUACUCUCUCUCUCUCUGCCACCGCAACCACUGCCACAGCCACGGCCACCACCUCCACCACCACCACCCCGGUUACCUUUUAACCCUAGUUAACUUCUUAACUUUCUUUUUAGUUUUCUCUAACCCCAUAUCGCGCACUGUAGUCUUUUGUCUCCUAGAUAAAGACCCUCCCUUCUAUUUUUUCUCUCGCUCUCUCUCUCAGAGUAUAGCUCAUUUAUUUCUUUAAAAAUACAUUCCACAGAUAACGGCAUACUCUCUCUAAAAUCCCGAGAAACAAGCGGUGAAUUACUGAUUUUGUUUUUGGUUUUGAUUUGGGUUUUUCAUUCUUCAUUAGCCUGUGUCAAGUGGACUGAGAUAGACGAAAAAAAACUCCAAUUUUGGAGAUUUUUGGAAUUAUUUAGGAUUCGGAGAUUUUGAGGUUAGUAAUUUGUGCAUUUUUUUGUUUAUUUGAAGAUUUUGAGGCAUGGUGGUAAAGAUGAUGAGAUGGCGGCCAUGGCCGCUGUUGGGUCCUCGGAAGUACGAGGUAAGGCUAGUGGUUCGAAGGAUGGAAGGGUGGGAUCUGGUGCGGGAGAGUGGAGGAGAAGACAAGGAAAACAAGUCUGACAAAUUAACCGUCGAGAUUCGAUGGAAAGGUCCUAAAUUUGCGUUUAGUUCGUUAAGGCGGACGGUGAAGAGGAAUUUCACGAAAGAAGUGGAGUUUGCCGGUGAAGAAAACGGGGUCGUUGAAUGGGAUGAGGAGUUUCAGAGUCUGUGUACUUUAUCGCCUCAGAAGGAGAAUGUGUUUCACCCUUGGGAGAUCGCUUUUACCGUCUUCAAUGGUGUGAACCGAGGGCCAAAAAACAAGGUUCCUGCUGUUGGUACUGCAUUGCUGAACCUUGCUGAAUUUGCUACUACUGCCGAACAAAAAGAGUUGGAAUUAAGCCUCCCCCUCUUGCUCCCUACUGGUGCUGCUGAGACUCGUCCAUUGCUCUGUAUAUCACUAAGCUUAUUGGAAUUGAGAACGGCUCCUGAAACCUCAGAGCUGGAACAGAGAGCGAUAGUUCCUGUCUCAUCACCACCUCAAUCAGGAGAAACUGUGUCAACUGAAAAGGAUGAGCUCUCUGCAAUUAAAGCUGGCCUUAGGAAGGUUAAAAUUUUUACGGAGUAUGUGUCUACUAGAAAAGCAAAAAAGGCUUGCCGUGAGGAAGAGGGAAGUGAAGGAAGGUGCUCUGCAAGAAGUGAGGAUGGUGAAUAUAACUAUCCAUUUGACUCGGACUCAAUCGAUGAUUUUGAAGGAGGAGAAUCAGAUGACCUUAAAGAGGAUUGUAGCGUUAGGAAGUCAUUCAGUUAUGGGACACUGGCUUAUGCAAAUUGCGCUGGUGGGUCAUUUUACUCUGAUAUAAAAAAAAAUGGUGAAUAUGAGGAUUGGGUUUACUACAGCAAUCGCAAGUCAGAUGUGGGUUGUUCACAGACUGAUGAAUCCUCUGAACCAUCUCUGUUGCAAAGCUCAAAGCGCACCAUACUGUCUUGGAGGAAGAGGAAAUUGAGCUUUAGGUCUCCUAAGGCCAAAGGAGAACCAUUGUUGAAAAAAGCUUAUGGAGAAGAAGGUGGGGAUGAUAUUGACUUCGAUCGUCGGCAACUUAGUUCGGAUGAUGCUGGUGCUCUUGGGUCUCACAAAGCAGAGGAGGAUUUGUCUGCAAAUCGGUCAUCAGUUUCUGAUUUUGGAGAUGACAAUUUUGCCAUAGGCAGUUGGGAACACAAAGAAAUAAUAAGCCGUGAUGGACACAUGAAGCUUCAAACAGACGUCUUCUUUGCUUCAAUUGAUCAGCGAAGUGAACAAGCAGCAGGUGAAAGUGCAUGCACAGCUCUUGUUGCUGUUAUUGCCGAUUGGUUUCAGAACAAUCAAAAUGUCAUGCCAAUCAAAUCCCAAUUUGAUAGUCUGAUCAGAGAAGGAUCACUUGAAUGGAGGAACCUCUGUGAGAAUGAGACCUACAGGGAGCAAUUCCCUGACAAGCAUUUUGACCUGGAAACAGUCCUCCAAGCCAAAAUACGCUCUCUUUCUGUUGUUCCUGGCAAGUCCUUUAUUGGAUUUUUCCAUCCAGAUGGGAUGGACGAGGGAAGAUUUGACUUUUUGCAGGGUGCCAUGUCUUUUGAUAACAUUUGGGAUGAGAUUAGUGGCACUGGAUCAGAACGUCCAAGCAACGAUGAAUCUCAGGUCUACAUUGUUAGUUGGAACGAUCAUUUUUUCAUUCUCAAAGUUGAACCAGAAGCUUACUACAUCAUUGACACAUUAGGCGAGAGGCUGUACGAAGGAUGCAAUCAAGCCUACAUUUUGAAAUUUGAUAGUAACACAAUAAUUCGCAAAUUGCCAAAUGUUCCUCAGCCAUCUGAUGAGAAAACGAUUGCUGAUCAACAUAUUGUGGCAACUGCUGCUGAACCUAAGAAUCAGCAGGUGAAUCCAAAGGAGGAGGCUUCUACAUCAGAGGCACUAGUAAUCAAAAAUGAGGAACCGAUGAAGAGUGAUGACGAAGAGGGGGAGGUGUUCUGCCGAGGUAAGGACUCUUGCAAGGAAUAUAUAAAGAGUUUCUUGGCUGCAAUUCCAAUCCGGGAAUUGCAAGCAGAUAUUAAGAAAGGUUUACUAGCAUCAACGCCUCUUCAUCACCGCUUGCAGAUUGAGUUCCACUAUACCCAGCACUUACAAGCACUUCCCAAAACUCCUCCGACAGAUGCAAUGACAGCACUACUAGAAUCAGUUGAUGUUGCUAUAACUGAGCUCCAUGCACAGGCAUAAAGAUUUUCUGUAAAUUUAGCGAGUGUGAUUAGCCUAACAUAUUAAUUUGUUACUGGACUUCAUAUGAUGUUGAAAUUUGAAUGGGAUUAACAAAGAGGAACCCAUUUCAGCUUUUUGAGGAGUGUGACAUUAAAAAGGUUGUUUUUCUUCUAAGCUGUUGCUGAAAUGGAACUUGCCUUUCUUGUUUUUUUAAAGUUGGCUUAUUGUCUACAUCUGUUUGUCAAUAUCAGUGACUAGUUGUGAUA